AUGACUUACUACUAUGAGUGUCAACAGGAUUAUCAGGCACUCUACUCUACCAUCCCAGCCCGUAGAUCAUUUGGUACCAGAUUUAAGGUCCCGUGUUAUG